UAAGUGUAUUUAGUUGGAGUUUGCAAUGUUAUUCUACAAGGUUAUAUACUAACAUGCACGAAUGCAAAAUGUGGUGUCGAGUUGUAUCUGCUUUGUGCUAUUGUUUGGUGAGCCAUUUUCGAGUUCAUAUAUCAGGCUGAUAUGACCUAGUACCAUAUCUAACCGUAGAAUUACUCUACAUACUGUAAAUUAUUUAACCAAGAUCCUGUAACUAUAGGCUAUUAGUAGAUAUUUCCUUCAACAACUAUCACCACACACUGUUAUUCCUGCUAAUUCAACAAAAGCAUGUGUACUUCAUUCAUAAUAAUUGGUGAGAGAUAUCAAGAAUUCAAGAUGGAUAAAAGUUCAUAAGACGAGCAAAGAGUAUAAUCACAUGAAGUAAUCUCAAAAUGAGAUUAUAUUAUACAACUAAUCAUUAUAAAAUUUUCUCAAAAUACAGAUAUCUAUAGUUCGGUCAUCAAUAAACUAUUUUUUAAAAGGAAAGUGUUGUAGCAGUGCUUCUUGUUAUCCACUUAUACCCUAAUCACACUUCCAAAUUAUGCAUUUUUUUUUUUGAAUAGAUCCAAAUCUUGCAUUAGUACAUUCAUUUAUUAUUAAAAAAAAAAAAAAAAAAAACAAAACAAAAAAACUAGUAGAUUAAAUAGUACAGUACAUAUUAUCAAAAAAAAUUACAGUGUACUCGUAUAUAAAAAAUGCCGCGUCAAUCACCUAACUUUAUACGAGUACAGUACUUGAAUCCGCAACCGUCCAACAAAUAUAAGUACAUCUCUCUCAAUCUCUCUCCAACUUUUGUUGAAGCUUCAACAUCCUUCCAGUUCCCCUGAUUCAAACAUCCCGCAUUUCACUCACUCCAACUCACCAUGACGCGGCGACGGCUCCGAUUCGCCGCCGUUACCACCACCACCAUCUUCCUCCUCCUAAUCUCUCUCCUCACCUCCGCAUUUUCGGUUUCCUCCGCCGUAAAUUCCACCUCCGACGACCUCAAUCUCCGCCGUACAUCGCCGCUAAUUCUGCCUCUCUCACUUUCCCGGAAAAUUCCUAGCGCUAAACUCCGGCGUCUUCUUCAAGCUAAACGUGUUCCUAUUAAUGCUCGUAUGAAUCUCUUCGACGAUCUCCUCUCUAAUGGGUAUUAUACGACGAGAUUGUAUAUAGGAACUCCACCGCAAGAAUUCGCGUUGAUUGUAGAUACAGGAAGUACUGUUACUUAUGUUCCUUGCUCUGAUUGUGAUCAAUGUGGAAAUCAUCAGGACCCAAAGUUCCAACCAGAUCUUUCAACCACCUACCACCCCGUUAAAUGCAAUCCUGAUUGUACAUGUGAUGCUGAGAAUGCUCAGUGUGUAUAUGAGAGACAGUAUGCUGAAAUGAGUUCUAGCAGCGGCGUUCUUGGUGAAGAUAUUGUAUCAUUUGGCAACCAGAGUGAGCUUAAACCCCAGCGUACAGUUUUUGGUUGUGAAAAUGCGGAAACCGGUGACCUGUACAGUCAGCAUGCUGAUGGUAUAAUGGGUUUGGGUCGGGGUGAUCUGAGCAUUGUUGAUCAACUUGUUGAUAAAAGUGUAAUUGGUGAUUCCUUCUCACUUUGUUAUGGCGGGAUGGGUAUUGGUGGUGGUGCUAUGAUUCUUGGCUCUUUGUCACCCCCCUCCGACAUGGUCUUCAGCCAUUCUGACCCUGACCGCAGUCCAUAUUACAAUAUUGAGCUGAAGGAAUUACAUGUUGCUGGGAAGAAGCUGGCUAUUGAUCCGAAGGUUUUUGAUGGUAAACAUGGAACUGUUCUGGAUAGUGGUACAACAUAUGCGUAUCUGCCAGAAGCAGCAUUUGUGGCAUUUAAGCGUGCGUUAACUAGUGAACUCCAUGGCCUUAAGCAAAUUCGUGGACCUGACCCCAAUUAUAAUGAUGUUUGCUUUUCUGGUGCUGGAAGAAAGGUUUCCGAACUUUCAAAGACAUUCCCUGCUGUUGAUAUGGUCUUUGAAAAUGGUCUAAAAUAUUCACUAUCACCGGAAAACUAUUUAUUUAAGCAUUCAAAGGUGCCUGGUGCGUAUUGCCUUGGAGUUUUUCAGAACGGGAAAGAUCCCACAACUCUUUUAGGAGGAAUUGUUGUCCGUAAUACUCUCGUGACAUAUGACCGUGAACACUUGAAAGUUGGAUUUUGGAAGACAAAUUGCUCUGAGUUAUGGGAGGGACUUCGUGUGACUGAUGAUUCACCCACACCCGCACCUGCACCUGCCCCAUUAAACGGGGAGGUUUCCCCUCCAGGAUUGUCACCAACACCAGCAUCAGCAUCAGCUUCAGGACCAGCACCAGCACCUAAGGGAGUGCCAAGUUAUGCUAUUCCAGGAGAGGUAAAAGUUGGAUUCAUUACAUUUGAUAUGUCUUUGAGCAUUAAAGACUCGGACUUGAAGCCUCGCAUAUCAGAGCUAUCUGGCUUCAUUGCUCAAGAGUUGGGAGUCAAUACAUUACAAGUUCAUUUACUAAAUUUGACUUCGUCUGGAAAUGGUUCCCUGAUAACAUGGGGAAUCUAUCCGGAAAGAUCUGCCAAUUAUAUAGCAAACACAACUGCAGUGCAUAUUAUUGCCCAUUUAGCAGAACAUAAUGUUCAACUUCCAGAAACCUUUGGCAGUUAUACGCUGGCUAAUUGGAAGGUUGAGCCUCCUAUGAAACGGAGUUGGUGGCAUCAACAUUACUUGCUAGUGGUCAUGGCAGUUAUUGCUUCACUGAUGUUGGGUAUAUCUGUUUAUGGGAUUUGGUUCAUUCGGAAAUGGAGGCAGCAAACAACAAUACAAUACAAGCCUGUUGAUAGCGAUACUGUUGUUCCUGAGCAAGAACUCCAGCCAUUGUAAACGAAUAAUGAGCUAUUCUCCCAUUCUUUUACUUCCAAGAUUUUGCUUGUAGCAUUUUGUUAUUGUAGAGCAAGGUAGAAUACAUACAAGUUUAAUGCCUAAUUAACGAGGGAGCUGUCCUUGAUUAACGCAAAAUGCCUAGAAGAGUUAAACUAUUGCCAGUCUUCGUUUUGUAGAUAAAUUCUUAAUUUCUAAUACAUGAUGAAAUCAUCAAUAGUUUACAAAUGUUUCUUCUGUUAUUGUUACAUGACUUUUUA